AGAGGAGGGAAGUUGUCGAAGUUAGGGGAGACGCCCGCCCGCCCGCCCGGGCCUCGCCUCCGGCUGCUCCCUCCGCCUCUUCCCCGCCCCGAGCCCCCGUCAGCCCGUCCUUCCUUCCCCUCCCGUGCAUGAUGGAAACACCAUGGCUGCGGCGGCCCAGCUCUCUCUGACACAGUUAUCAAGUGGGAAUCCUCUAUAUGAAAAAUACUAUAGACAGGUUGAUACGGGCAAUACUGGAAGGGUAUUGGCUUCUGAUGCUGCUGUAUUCCUGAAAAAAUCAGGACUUCCAGACCUGAUACUUGGAAAGAUCUGGGAUUUAGCUGACACAGAUGGCAAAGGUAUCCUGAACAAACAAGAAUUCUUUGUUGCUUUGCGUCUUGUGGCAUGUGCCCAGAAUGGAUUGGAGGUUUCACUGAGUAGUUUGAACCUGGCUGUUCCUCCACCAAGAUUUCAUGAUACCAGUAGUCCUUUGCUAAUCAGCAGAACUUCUGCAGCUGAGCUCCCAUGGGCUGUAAAAUCUGAAGAUAAGGCCAAAUAUGAUGCAAUUUUUGAUAGUUUAAGCCCAGUGAAUGGAUUUCUGUCUGGUGAUAAAGUGAAACCAGUGUUGCUCAACUCUAAGUUACCUGUGGAUAUUCUUGGAAGAGUUUGGGAGUUGAGUGAUAUUGACCAUGAUGGAAUGCUUGACAGAGAUGAGUUUGCAGUUGCCAUGUUUUUGGUAUACUGCGCAUUGGAGAAAGAACCUGUGCCAGUGUCCUUGCCUCCAGCCUUGGUGCCACCUUCUAAGAGGAAAACGGUCAGUAUAUCAGGCUCUGUGCGGUUGAUCCCCUCUUCAACAUCAGCCAAGGAACCUUACCACUCCUUACCACCUGUAGGCAUUUUACCUACCGAAGCACCAUUAAGACAGUGGGUUGUAUCCCCUGCAGAAAAAGCUAAAUAUGAUGAAAUCUUCUUGAAAACUGAUAAAGAUAUGGAUGGAUUUGUGUCUGGAUUGGAAGUCCGUGAAAUCUUCCUGAAGACAGGUUUACCUUCUGCCUUACUGGCCCAUAUUUGGGCAUUAUGUGACACAAAGGACUGUGGGAAGCUUUCAAAAGAUCAGUUUGCCUUGGCUUUUCACUUAAUCAAUCAAAAGUUGAUAAAGGGCAUCGAUCCUCCUCACAUUCUUACUCCUGAGAUGAUUCCACCAUCAGAUAGGGCCACUUUACAAAAGAACAUCAUAGGAUCAAGUCCUGUCGCAGAUUUCUCUGCUAUUAAGGAGCUAGAUACCCUUAACAAUGAAAUAGUUGACCUACAGAGGGAAAAGAAUAAUGUGGAACAGGACCUUAAGGAGAAAGAAGAUACUAUUAAACAGAGAACAAGCGAGGUUCAGGAUCUUCAAGAUGAAGUUCAAAGGGAGAAUACUAAUCUGCAAAAACUGCAGGCCCAGAAACAGCAAGUACAGGAACUCCUUGAUGGGCUGGAUGAGCAGAAAGCUCAGCUGGAGGAGCAACUGCAGGAAGUCAGAAAGAAGUGUGCUGAGGAGGCCCAGCUGAUCUCAUCCCUGAAAGCUGAAUUAACUAGUCAAGAAUCACAGAUCUCCACUUAUGAAGAAGAGCUGGCCAAAGCUAGAGAAGAGCUGAGUCGCCUACAGCAAGAAACAGCAGAGUUGGAGGAGAGUGUGGAGUCAGGGAAGGCGCAGCUGGGACCUCUUCAGCAGCACCUGCAAGAUUCACAGCAGGAAAUAAGUUCAAUGCAAAUGAAACUGAUGGAAAUGAAAGAGCUGGAAAACCAUAAUAAUCAAUUAAGUUGGUGCAGUAGUCCACACAGCAUUCUUGUGAAUGGCGCUACAGAUUAUUGCAGUCUCAGCACCAGCAGCAGUGAAACAGCCAAUCUUAAUGAGCACACUGAAGGCCAGAGCAACCUAGAGUCUGAGUCCAUACACCAGGAGUCUCCAGCAAGAAGUAGUCCUGAAAUACCGCCUUCUGGUGUCACUGAUGAAAACGAAGUGGUGACUACAGCUGUUAAGGAAAAAGCUUGUCCUGAAUUUAAUAGUGACAGACGUUCAAAAGAGGAAGAUCCAUUUAAUGUAGAAUCAAGUUCACUGUCAAAUCCAGUUGCAGAUUCAAACUUGGAUUUUUUCCAGUCUGAUCCUUUUGUUGGCAAUGAUCCUUUCAAGGAUGAUCCUUUUGGGAAAAUUGAUCCAUUUGGAGGUGAUCCUUUCAAAGGUUCAGAUCCGUUUGCAUCCGACUGUUUCUUCAAGCAAUCUUCUACUGAUCCUUUUGCCACUUCAAGUACUGACCCUUUCAGUGCAGCCAGCAAUAGCAGUAAUACGUCGGUGGAAACAUUAGAGCACAAUGAUCCUUUUGCUCCUGGUGGGACGGCUGUGGUUGCAGCCAGCGAUUUGGCCACAGACCCCUUUGCUUCUGUUUUUGGAAAUGAAUCAUUUGAAGAUGGAUUUGCUGACUUCAGCACAUUGUCAAAGGUCAACAAUGAAGAUCCUUUUAGUUCAGCUACAUCAAGCUCCAUCAGCAAUAUGGUCAUUACAAAAAAUGUGCUUGAGGAAACAUCCAUCAAAAAUGAAGAUGAACCCCCAGCACUGCCACCAAAGAUUGGAACUCCAACAAGACCCUGCCCACCACCACCUGGGAAAAGACCCAUCAACAAAUUGGAUUCUUCUGAUCCCUUUAAACUGAAUGAUCCAUUUCAGCCUUUCCCAGGCAAUGAUAGCCCCAAAGAAAAAGAUCCUGAUAUGUUUUGUGAUCCAUUCACUUCUUCUUCUUCUACUACUACUACCACUACCAAUAAAGAGGCUGACCCCAGCAAUUUUGCUAACUUCAGUGCUUAUCCCUCUGAAGAAGAUAUGAUUGAGUGGGCCAAGAGGGAAAGUGAGAGAGAGGAAGAGCAGAGGCUUGCCCGACUGAAUCAGCAAGAGCAAGAAGACUUAGAACUGGCUAUUGCACUCAGCAAAUCUGAAAUAUCAGAAGCAUGAAGAAUUUUCCUGUUCUUUGUCAAUCACACAAUACUCUUCUUCCUGAAUACUGAAGCUAUUUACAGUGUGUAUCAAAACUACCUAUGAGCAUGGGAAUACAAAAGGUUUGAGAUUCCUGUAAAUGUGACAAAAGUUUUUGUUUUUUUUAAACUCCAUUUCAGAUUUGUCCUUUUUUUCCCCCUGUAAAAGCGGUAACCCAGAUAACUUCACCUAGGCCCCCGUUCUGGUGUGCAUUUAGUGUGAGCUUUUGCCUGCUUGUGCUACUUUUACUUGGAAAGCUGGAGCACCCAAGCUUCUGCCUUCUGGAAUAUAGAGAAGUAGUUCCAUCCCUUUGCUACCCUUGUUCUGUAGUUACUCUGAUGAUAGCCAGUGGGGUUCUUAAAGUUGGCAGUAUUCUCCCCUAAUUUAAAUGGUUGAAAGAGGGGAAGGGAAAGAACAUCCUAUUUCUUUUAUGAUAGAGCAAAUUGGCUAGUUUAAAGUACAUGUUUGUAUUUCCUUAUAAUCAAAAUACUGUUCAGUUUGUUUUUUAUAGACAAGAAAAAAUAUUUUGCAUAAAUUGACUCCACUCUCGAAAAAGGGAUGCUUUAGAUUGAACCAUUAUAGCUUCAGACUCAAUCUUUUCCUAAAUAAAAACUUUAAAGCCUCAUGUGUGAAAUAUAUUUAAAAUUUUCUUCUCUGGAUUUAGGGAAUUUUAGAUAAACACAUACCUCUCCAUAAUUUUAAGCACUAGAGAGUGGAGAAAAAUUACCACUUAAAAUAUACCCAUCAAUAUAAGGUAAGCAAAAAUCUUAACCUGGCAGCCAUUUUGCCACUGCCAUGGCACUGUUGUCCUCUUUAGUUCAUGGUAGGUUUAUUUUUCUACUUUUGCAGAAGAAACUUUAGCAAGCUAGAACUGGAAGGUACUUUAACUUUUUGUAUACAUAUAUAUUUUUUUUUCUUUAAUGAAGGUUCAGUUACUUGAAAUGUAAAAACAUUCACUGAAUACAACUGAAAAAAGUGACAUGUAUUAAAUCAUAUUAUUGCUUUUUGUCCAUUUUUGUGGAUUAAAAUAGUUUAUUCUCUUUGUGUUUUUCACCUACAAAACUGACAGGCUAGCAAAAAAAUUUUUUGUUUUUUUUUUAAUUGGGAGAGAAGAGACCUGCCAAAUUAUCGAACCUCUUUAUGUGUUAAAAGCCUAUCUCCUGUAAAAUUGACCUAGCAGACAAGCUGAAUUUAAAAUGGACUGUGAAGUAGGCUGUAAAUUGUAAUCUUAAUUUUUUUUAACAUGAGUUAGUGAUUUAGAUAAUGUAUUGAAAACCAAGAUAAAGGAAAAUGCACCUAAAAACUAAUUAAAUAUCUCUAUGGUUACCAAGUCAAGGUGGUAUUGAUCUUUGUUAAUCAGAGUAACUUGCUGCCUAGCCUAUGAAUAAAUUCCAAAAUGUCCAGUUCAUUUCAUCUUGAAAUGGUGCUUUUUUUCUCUCCACACACAAUUGGAUUGCUGCAGUUUAAAACAAAUUUGAACCACUUUCUUGCACUGCUAGCUUUUUUCUACUUUUAUAGAUUAAAACAUUUCAGCAUAAAAGUCAUACAUAUGAAGCAAGGGCUGAAUCAUAAUCACAAGGGUUUAAUUUUGAUAAACUAAUCCAGUUAUAAGGAUAUACUGCAAAAGUUGAUUGAGAAGGUAGUAUUGGGAGUUGCGAAUGGUAGUGAGUUUUGGGUUUUUUUUUCUUCCCCUUACACUUUAGGAAAAAGGUAAGUUGACUUGAACAACCUUCUUUUGCACUGGGAAAAUGAACAGAUGUUUGAAAUGGUUUUAAAAUAUUUUUUUUAAUUAAAAGAACACUCUGGAAAGUACUAAAUAUCUGUAACUUAUAAACACCAACUUUCGAUGUAAUAAGUGUACCUUAAUCUUAUGUGUGUUUAACUGGAUUACAUAGAUUCUUAUCUUUUAUUAAAAUAUGUAUACUCAGUGGACCAAUAUAAUAUUAAAGUAUGUAUAUAUUAUAUAAAUAUAUAUAUAUAUCUAUCUAAAUCUCCAUGCUCAAUUGUGUAGGAUGAAUGUCUUAGAGUCAUUUAUGAUUAUAUUUUAUGUUGUUGACUCUGGCUCCAGAGCCUGUGCUUGAAAAGGACAGAUAAGUAUUCCUGAGAGCUAAGUGGCACUACUUACGAAGCUUUAACCAUCUUCUACCUACUUGUUCAGGUUUAUUUGAGUUCUCUUUAGAGAAUUUUCUCUUAUGUUUCAAACUUCUAAACUGUAGCCUGUAAUUAUGAGAACAAUAAACUUUAAGUUAUAAUAAACCAUACUAUCCAUACAUCCUAUCUGAAAUGGAGUUUUGCACGGUUCUCUGUUAUGUCCAUGCUGUGUCCAAGGAGGGGUAGGCAUACAGUCAGCACAGAUUAAUAUGUGUAAAGUGCUUGAGACAGUACCUGGUACAGAAUAAAAUACUCAAUAAAUGUUAA